AUGUCCUUUUUAAGUGUAAUAAUUGGAGGAGGUGUUGUCGGACUACCCUACUCAUUUUAUCAUACCGGUAUUCCUCUUGGAAUAUUUUUCAAUGUGUUAUUCGGGUUAAUGACAAUAUGCUCAUCAGUUCUUCUGCUUAAGGCUAAAGAUUUGUCGGGAGGGUUAACUGGAUUUCAACUAAUGAUCAUCUACUUUAUAGUAACAGGUGAUAUACUGGCUUCAUUUGCAUCUGAAUUCACAGGAACUGAAGAGAAUGCAGUCAUUUAUACUUCAAGAGCUUUCUACGUUUUCAUAACGAAUUUAUAUGCAACCGUAAGAUCAAUGAAAAAUUAGUCCACUCUAGAAGGUACUUCAGCUGUAGCAUUUGCUAUAUUUAUUUCAAUGGGUAUUUACGUAACAUUGUCAAUAAUGGGAAUAUAUAUGUUUGGCUCCUCGAUUAAACAUGAUUUAUUAGAUAGCAUAGGCAAUGAAAAAUAUACAUGGGCUACUAUAGUACUUUGUAUAACUUUCUUUUGUGUUCUGAUUUUCCACAUCCCAUUUGUUUUUUUCUUUGGAAGAGAAAAUUUCCUAAUAGUAAUUGAUGAAAUAGAUAGAAGGUCGAUUUCUAAAAGUCUUGAUAGGCAAAUCUAUAAUAUCAAUAUCUAUAGUAAUGAGACUUUAAAUGAGGAUGAAAGUGAAGAAAUAAAGCCUGCUUAAAAUCCAACUUAACUGGCAAUAAUGAAUAUGAAGAAAAAGUACUAGUAUGGUGGCACAAUACUGAUAUAUAUCCUAGAAAUAAUAGGAGCUAUGUUUAUUAAGGACUUAGGGAUAAUCUUUUCGAUAGGAGCAGCAAUAUCUGGAUCGGCAACUUAAUUCAUUAUACCUGGAUACUUCUAUGUAUUUUCAGAUUAUAAAUUUGGUACAUAACUAGGAAGACACAAUAGAAAAUGCUUGAUAUUUACAGGAUACCUUUUUAUGUUAAUAGGAAUUUUAUUUUUCGUAUCAUUAAUGUAUGGAACGCUAUUGAAUAUUAUAGCAGACUCUGAAGAGGGAGUGGAUUGA